GUGUUGUGUGAAUUAAUACUAUGGCAAACUAAACAACAUGGGGAAAUAAACAUACAGUAGGCUAGAGGCCUUGGCAUAAUGGCAGCUCUUGACCACCUAGUGGCGCAGUCAGAGAUUUUAUCAGUGUGACUUUCUACCCUCUGAAAAAUGCAGUUAGACUAGUCGCCUGCCAAAGCAAAGCAACCUCACACAAAUGGCGUCUGUCCAGUGCGUUGCCUUGAACAGCUGAUUCUUUCUCUUGUGCAGGAUUCCAAGAGUUAGGUGAGACGCAAAUGUCCAGUGUUAUCUCACCACUGAAAUCAUCCAUGGUGCCAGGAGGUAGCCACCGUUUGUUCAGCAGCUCCUGUAAAACCCUGCAAUAAUGCCAUUUGAAUAGGCAACGUUAGCUAGCUUACUUGGCUAGCUAGCGACUGCUGGCUGGCGAAGAAGCUGUUAAUAUCAGACUGAUUCCAAAUCAGGAAGAAGACUGCGUUAGCCAGUGACCAGGAAAGUUCAUUUUCAAGCUCAUUGACUACUCGGGAACGUCCAGUUCACAACAGACAAGCACACCCCUGGGAAGAUGACCACCGCUCGCUACCGGCCCACCUGGGACCUGGCCCUGGACCCGCUGGUGUCCUGCAAGCUCUGUCUGGGCGAGUUUCCCCUGGAGCAGAUGACCACCAUCACGCAGUGCCAAUGUGUGUUCUGUACGCUGUGCCUGAAGCAGUAUGUGGAACUCCUGAUCAAAGAGGGCCUUGAAACGGCAAUUAGCUGUCCGGACUCUGCCUGUCCAAAACGGGGACAUCUACAGGAAAAUGAGAUUGAGUGUAUGGUCGCCACGGAGAUCAUGCAGCGCUACAGGAAGCUGCAGUUUGAAAGGGAGGUGCUGUUGGACCCGUGCCGGACCUGGUGCCCGUCCUCGACGUGCCAGGCCGUGUGCCAGCUGAAGGAGUCGGACGUGCCGACGCUGCCCCAGCUGGUGCGCUGCUCGGUCUGCACGCUGGAGUUCUGCUCGGCCUGCAAGGCCAGCUGGCACCCGGAGCAGGCCUGCCAGGAGAACAACCUGCCCAUCACCUCCUUCCUACCCGGAGAGAGCAGCUCCCUGUACAAGAGUGAUGAGGACGACGCCCCAAUCAAGCGCUGCCCUAAGUGUAAGGUCUACAUCGAGCGCGACGAGGGCUGCGCACAGAUGAUGUGCAAGAACUGCAAGCAUGCCUUCUGCUGGUACUGCCUGGAGUCGCUCGAUGACGACUUCCUGCUGAUCCACUAUGACAAAGGGCCGUGCCGCAACAAACUAGGCCACUCCAGGGCCUCGGUCAUCUGGCACAGAACGCAGGUGGUGGGCAUCUUCGCAGGGUUCGGUCUGCUGCUGCUGGUAGCCUCUCCCUUCCUAUUGUUGGCGACGCCCUUCGUGUUGUGCUGCAAGUGUAAGUGCAGCAAAGGAGACGACGACCCGCUGCCCACCUAGCCCUCCACCCAGCUCACCCCCACCUUCACCAUCUCCACCUUAUUAUACGCCCAGCCAGCAUCGCUUCUGAUCCCCAUCCGACAUGCGACGGCUACCCUCCUAUCUUAUUCUUUUCCUCCUUUUUGCUGUCCCUGUCGCUUUUGAGCGCCUUUCAUCUCCAGGGGAAAUGGCGGGAGACGAGAGAUGGAGAGAUGGAGAGAAGCGCCAACCUCCCUCAACCCCCCCACCUUUGAGAGGGCCGUCUUUCUCGCUCUGGGAGAGAGGAGGAUUGUGGGGAGUGCCUGAGAGGGGCUGAAGGCCGAGUCUCUGGUUGGAAUGGAGAGCAGGCCCCAGCAGGCGUGUUUAUUUGUUUUGCCCCGGCUGCCGUUUGGCUGUACCUGCUGGGAUCCGCUUGGCUGGAUGUGAGUCUUUGCAGCCACAACCUGGUCCGAGAACUCGUCUUGCUCAGAUGUCCGUUUUGCUAUGUGAGUUUUUGGGGAAGAUGCACUGAGGUCUCUCCCCAUAGAACAGACACUUACAGUACAUACACACAUACACUGUGUGUUUCCUGUUUUCACAAAUGUUUUGGCAUCUACCUGUAGCUCCCCACGCACCAGAGGACUCAUUAUGAACUCAGUCACAACCGUUUGUUAGAGGAAUCUCUUCAUGAAUCCUCAAUGUAGCGCUCUCAGUGGUCAGUGCUGGGGCAAAGGUUCUUUCUUUUGUUUCUCUUGUCUUUUUUUUUUCUUCUUGAGAACACCAGUGAUCACUCUCUAUUGCACAUAAAUAAACUUUUAAUCGUUGUCACUUUAAAGGGCGGAGCGAGCAUGAGCCAGAGAGACUCAGAGGUGCUCACCUGUACAGCACAGAGUGCCAUCAUCACCCCUCUGUUCCAUUGCUUUAAUCUGUCCCGCCCACGGUUCAACUAUAAGCUCAUGAGGUUUAAUUGUUUUUUGUUUUAUUUUGUUUUGUUUAUCGAUGUAAUGAAAUUGUGAUGUCAAAAAAAAAACAUAUUUCAUAUACUCCCCUUUUUAUGGGUGAGGAGGGGUGGUUCUUUCUGUCAUUGUAUGAGCUCACUUUGGUGUUGAGUAAAUGCUCGAGGAAAAAAAAUAAAUGAAGCUUUACUAACGUUGCUUAAAAUGCCCUCUUCUCGCCAAAACAUGGAAAAAAGGUCUAAAAAACUUUGUAUUCUUUAGUCAAGACAAAAAAAUGGUUAGUUUAAAUGUUGCUUUGGCCAGUCUUUUAAUACUCAGGCUAUUGGUAGUCACCCUUGCUAAUACAGAGAGCUCUUUCCCCAGCAACAUCUGCACCGCACUUCUGAAUCACACUGUUUCAAAUUCCGGAUUUUAUAGCUCUGCUCCCGUCUCCGGAUGGGCAACUAAUCAUAUUGUUCUGUUUGUGGCAUGAUCUUGUCCCAACUGUAUCUGUAUCCAAAUACCUGUAUGCUACUAUUACUCCUGUAGGCUGACCACUGGCUGCAAACUUGCAUAGUGUAGUUUCUAAAAAGAAAAUGGCACAAAUUUCACUAAAAGGAAGGGUGAUUAUCGUACAAAAAAGGGCACUUAAGUACAUUUGCUUAAUCUGACAGGGACAACCAAAUGUUGAUCAUUUUGAUUGACUGUUCAUGCUUUCAGAAACAACCCAUCAUAUUUUUUUUCGCUCCUGCACCCUUAUCUAUGCAAGUUUGUACCACUUCAGACCAUAUGUACCCACAGUAGUGAAUGUCAGUUAAAGGUAAUGUACAGUGUGGUUUUUACAUGUUACUACUCUCUGGGGUUACAGAUCUACCUUGUGCCAUUGUGUCAUGCCACUCGAGAGAUGUCAAAAGUUGCUCGAGUACAGUAACAGAUGACCUCGGCCAAUGAGCCAGAAGGGUCGGCGGUUGUCACUUGAGUUGCAUAUUGUAGUCAAAACCCAUGUAGCUAUCUGGGAUUUGUCUGUUGUACAUCUGACAUGUCACACAAAUCAACGUAAUGGGGUGCCAAAAUCUCUGCCCCUUCCGAACGGCUUAUGGGGCCUGAGAAGUAAAAAAAAAAAAAAAAAAAAAAAUGGACUGGUCUCUAUAGGGAUGGCGAAAAUUGAAAAAAACUCUUAACCGGUUACUGAGACUCAUUAACCGGUGGUUAACCGGUUAACCGGUAAUCUUAAAUUUUAAAACGUUCGCGUGCCUGAUAUGCACAGCACUGAUUUUUUUCAUUUUUAUUUUUCACAUAAGCCAUUUUUUUUGCAAUGCAGACAGGACCUGCCAUGUCCAGCCAUUGUUGCCAGAUGGAAAAUGCUGAAUUAUCGUACUAAACGAGGAAAUUAUUAUUAUAAUUAUUCAUAUUAUUACAACCGGUUAACCGAUGGCAGAAAAUUUUAACUGGUUAAAGUUGAUCCGGUCGAUUAUUGGUUAACCGGUUACCGGUUAACAUCCCUAGUCUCUAAUGGACUGAUCAAACCUAGUUUCCGGUCCACCUUAUUACUUAGUCUUGAACAAAACCCAACAUAACGUUUUUUUCCUGCUGAAAAUGAGUGGUCUUACUACUACGCCAAUCCAAAGGUUUAAAAUUCACUGCUAUCAUAUGUACCUUAUGUGACUUUGGCACCCCAAUGCGUUAUGCAUGUUUGGUACCUUUUUUUUUAAACUUUUUUUUUCACAGCCAGUUGAUGAGAUUGAGCUCCAACACUUGUAGCUUUGAAACAUGCCAUUCUUUUGUUAAGGUAAUGCAUCAUCUGAGCUUAUUUAUCUUACUGUAUAUGUAGUAUUUUAUGUAAGGCUGAGUGCACAUGUCACAGUCUUUCCCCAUGUAGCAAGGAGAGUAUCUCUCCUCCACAUCAUCAGUCUUCGAACAUCUACCAGGACACAGCAAUGCAUUAAUUAGCCUUACAUGACAAAUUCAAGCAUUUUACGCAUAUGGUAGCCUUUGAUUCAAGCUAAUUAUUGUUUUUGUAAGAUAUUCUUUUUUUACCCAUCAAGACUUUUUCCCCCCCAAUAGAAGAUACAUCUUCUGUUUAUACAGAGGUGGCUGUUUUCAAGCUAAUCCAUAUAUGACAAUCGUGCCAUGUGGGUUGCCAAGACAACAGAGACGACAACACAGGGCUGAAUGUGUAGAGCUUUUUAACGAGAGGGCUGCAUCACGCUACAUACACGACUUUUCCACCCUAGCCUCGGGCUUAUGACAAGGUUUUUGUUUUGUUUUAAAGAAGAUCUGUUCCCUUGUGAGUAUGUAAAUAGAUUGUUUCUUUACAAAGUUUAUGAGGCGGUAUUGGUCGAUUUCUAUAAACGAGAAUUGAUGUCCACUUUUUCUGGGAUUUACUGAAGGGCAAGAAAAAUCUUGACCUUUUGUUUGGUCAGAUUGGGGUUGGGUGGGUAUGUAUAACUUGUCUUGUUGGGUACAGUAUGCUGCGCCCUAAGGUCAGUGAUGUCUAUUUCAAACGCAACACACAUUUUUUCAGAAGGAUGCUUCUGCUUGACUAAUGUGCUCCAACAUAUUACAAAAUGUAGCAAAAACAAAAACAAGAGGCCAAAAAUUAAAUAUUUCAGUAACCUAUGGAAAAUGCAAAAUGAAAUUGCACAAAGAAAAAAACAAAUGUAGUGCUUGACAUCUUUUAUUCAGUUCAGUUGUCACCCUUGGCUGUUCUUGGGUCUUUGGGGCUAUUUUUCUGAUGUGUUGUAUUUGGAACCAUGCCAUAGGAAGGGUAAUGGUCCCAUGUUUCUACUCCUAGUCCUACUUUUCUCCCAGCACUGUCUUGAGGGUGUUUAAGGGCUGUGGUUUACUCCCCAGUCCCUAAGCUAGCAUUGUGAUACGUGCUUGAAGACAUAUCUUAUGUAACCAUGUAAAGGUUUGAGCAGUGCAGUCCUCCUUUGCUCCUGAAGCUACGUUUGCCUUUCAUACUUUCUCUAGAUUGCCUUUAUGUUUAUCUUUUUUGAUUUACUCUUUUUAUACAAAAAGAUUGGAAAAAAUACCAUUUUUAUUUGUAUUUUCCUUGUUAAUGGGAAAGAUUCCGAGUUGUUCAUAAGUUGUAACCUUGUACAUUGGCAUGUGUGGAUGGUCUUGUUCAAUGACUAAAAUAUUGUUUUUUUUUCCACCUGAGGAGAAAAAAAGUACUUGUAUGUAUCUACUGUGCCACUAACACUGUGAAAUUAAAGCAGUUUCAAUGUUCAAACAUCCAUCAAAA